AUUGUAUAGUUCUUCAAGAAUCGGUUCAAAUUUCUGGGCACUGGCACGUCGAGGAUCAGACUCUUCUUUGAAAACACAUACGAUAAGAAUACGCAACGCAUAAAUAAAGGUCGAGGAAAUUGUCGCGUACAUUUUGAAACAACCGCUUACUAACUGAAGAAAUUGUGGCAAAAAGCUGGUGCUAUGUAACGCAAGCGCUUCAAUACCACUGGUAACUACUGGGAGAAGAUGUGGCGAAAUAUUCAUCACAGUGAAUGCCUCGCAAGUUCGCUGAAUUAGAGUGUUCUUGAAUGACACUUGCAAAGGUUCCUCCAUGAUUCGGAAUGAUGCGGACCAAAUAAGAUUGGAGUAGUCGAUAGAAGACAUCAUCGGGCAGACAUGAAUGGGGUCGGUCACAGCAAGUUGUUUCCCUGUCUCCUCCAGUAA